AUGAAAGUGAAAAAAGUGCGAGACAUUCGUAGGCUGACGUUAAAAAGAUAUAGAAAAGAAAUUCAUGGCUGCCCCGACGUCAGCGCCCCCUCCAAACACAUUCGCAUCUCUCGCUACGACACCUACUAUCUUCAGGUCAGCUGCAACUUCACUUCCAACUUCGUAGAGACCACUUGGUACUACAAGUGCGACCUCGCAACCAACAAAUGGAUUUCUAUAAAUAGCAAUGACCUACAUUCCAACCUGGACAUUACGUCACCACCUUGGAUGAGGUGCGUCGAACCAAUCAGAGUCCUUGAAAAACCAACCAAGCUGCAGAAUCAGCAGACUGUUUACAUCUCAAAAAUCUUCGACUACUUUAAAGGUUUCUGA